AUGAGAUCCUUUACCAUCCCCCUGACGCUGGGAGACAAGGACGGCGAAGUUCUCUUGGAGUACACGAAGCCAUGGUCCUGUCCGAUCUGCAUUCACAUACAUACCGACAACGGGACCAUCGAUUGUCCCUGCUGCUGCUGCCUUCCGAAGCUGCACACCAAGUUGCCCAACGGCACCUUCCUUGGCUCCUCCGAGUACUACUGUGACAUGUUUUGCUUCGUGCCAAAGUUCCGAGUUCGCGACCAGAACGGAACUCCUGUCUACAGGAUCUCUCCUGAUACCUGCUGCGGGAACUGCUGCGUCCUGCCGCAGUGUGGUGGAGCAGGAUCCAAGUGCUUGUACAUCCCAUUCUACAUCCGCGAUCACAGCACUAGCCAGAAGUUGGACGGGGCGAUGCCGGGGACACGAGCGGAGAUCCGAAAGGUGUGGAGUGGGUUCAAGAAGGAGUGCUGCACAACGGCCGACAACUUCCAGGUUGUGUUCCCACAAGGAUCCACCCCUGAGAUGCGAGCGAACCUCCUGGGUGCCAACCUCCUCAUCGACUUCACCUUCUUCGAGCAGCACAACUAG